UGUACUCCUCGAUCGGUUCAUCUCUUCGACAAUUCCAGUGUAAAUUAACUUCGCCUCAUGAGGGACAACGAGUGUACCAAAAUUGUUGGUACAAACGUGAUUUUGGUACCUUACAGAAAGAAGCACGUCGAAAGGUACCAUGAGUGGAUGAAAUCAGAAGAAUUACGGUAUUUUACUGGCUCAGAGAUUUUAACAUUGGCAGAGGAGUUUCAAAUGCAAAAACGAUGGCAUCAGGACCAGGACAAAUGUACUUUCAUUAUUUUGGAUAAAUCUAUUUUCACUCAAACCAAGAAUGAGAUAGAAGCUAUGAUUGGGGAUACAAAUUUGUUUUUUAACGAGUCAGAUCAACCAAAUAUCGCAGAAGUUGAAAUCAUGAUAGCAGAUGUUACUUACAGAAGAAGAAAAAGAGGUUGGGAAGCGAUAAUUCUAAUGUUGCUCUAUGGAAUCAACAAAUUAAAUAUCACGAAAUAUAUUGCAAAAAUCAAAUUCGACAACGAGAAAAGUAUAAAUAUGUUUGAAAAACUAAAGUUUCAAAAGGUACAAAAAAGCCAAAUUUUUCAAGAGUAUACUUUUGAGAAAGUAAUAGAUAAAGAUUGGAUAGACUGGUUAUAUUCUGAGGCUAGUAUGGAUAUAACUACUUACGAAGAACAUGAUAAGGAGAGGGAGAAAGAGAAAGAAAAUAACCCUGUCCAUGAUUUGUAAUAUACUUGGUGCAAAAUCAGUAAUUAUUACAUAUUUUUUGAUAUCUUUCUUAUACCAUGAGUUAUUAGAUCAUAAAAUUCUACAAAUGUUCGAAAUUACGAUAUGUACAACUAACUUCUACAUCAUUUUAUGACAUUAAGUGCUCUCCGUAUCAUAGUUAUUGACACAACUAAAACGUGAUUGGUUCUGAUUGCCUCUAAGUGAUCAUAGUUGAUCAUACAUGCACUUACACACUUGGUGCACGCUACGGCGAAGAGUUGUUUCGGACGUAAAGUUUUUUUUGUAUUCGAUAAUUAAUCAAAAAUUUAUUUAAUAAUAUAUUUGAUAUAAUCAAAGAUACAUGUAAGUAAUUAA